AUGGCCGAAGUCGAUCAUACCUACAAGUUCAACGUCAGCAUGAGCUGCGGCGGCUGCUCCGGCGCCGUGGACAGAGUCUUGAAGAAGCUCGAAGGCGUCAAGAGCUACGAAGUCUCGCUUGAGACCCAGACCGCCACCGUCGUCGCCGCACCCGACCUUCCGUACGAGAAGGUGCUGAAGACCAUCGCGAAGACGGGCAAGAAGGUCAACACGGGCGAGGCCGACGGUGUUGCGCAGAGCGUCGAGGUCAAGGCAGAGGCAUGA